AUUUAAAACGGGGAAAUAAUGUCCUCGAUGUUUGGGAAAGUGAGAGUGGUCACUUUGCCCGCCGCGCAGGAGCGGGAGCGGGUUGCCCAGCCUCUCACUCCGGAAUGUAGCAUCGUGAUCCUGGGCUGCGCUGGAUCCGGGAAAUCCGCUCUGACCGUGAAGUUUCUCACUAAACGAUUCAUAAGCGAGUAUGAUCCGUAUUUGGAGGAUACCUACAGUACUGAAGAAAUUGUGGAUCACCAGUCAGUUCUCUUAAAAAUAAUGGAUACAGCUGAUCAGGACAAACCGAUGAACCCUGAACGUUACCUGAACUGGGCAAAUGCGUUCAUCGUCAUCUACAGUAUCGAUAACCGGAAGAGCUUUGAAGGAUGCCUGGAUUAUCUGGAAAUCAUUUCUAGCCACACUAAAGGACUACCACAUGACUAUCCGAUUAUCCUUCUGGGUAAUAAGCUGGACAUGGAGAGGUACAGGCAAGUAAGCAAAUCUGAUGGACUCUCACUGGCAUCCAAAUAUAACUGCUCCUUCUAUGAAGUCUCUGCCUGCUUGGACUUUGAGCCUGUACAGCACGUGUUCCAUGAGUUGGUGCGUGAGGUGAGGCGAGAGAUGGAGCGCCACCUUCCCGUCAGACCGCUCUUCAUUUCUGAGGAAAGGCCCGUGCUGGGCACUCCCCACCCCCCUGCCUUUGCCCAUGCCGUUAAGCACCACCCACCCGCGUUCGGAACCCAGCGUCUCUCCACUGCCACCUACAAGGAAAUUCCCACCAUCACUUCAGCCAAACUUGUCACCGUGAAGUCAGCAAGAGCUCAAAGCAAGCGGAGGACUCCCACUCUAACCUUGCUUAAAGGAUUCAAGAUAUUUUAAAAAUGUUAACCAUCACAUUGAAUAAUAAAGCUCCAUGUAACCAGCUCUUACCAACUAGGUAGGUCAUAUAUCUUGUUCUAAGGAUGGUAUAUGUGGAACUAAAACCGUCACAAACCUUUAUUAUAUUAACCAACUUGAGAGUGCACCAUUCAUCCGGCAUUGACAUAAUCUUGGGUUCAGGUUUUAUGGAUUCAAAAAUGAGUAAGUCACCCACAAUGGUAUCUUUUUGAUGGUUGCCAGUGCUUUCAGGAAAAAAUAAUCAGAGUGAACAGGAGUUUUUACAUUCUCCCCAUGACCACGUGAGUUUUCUCCAAGUGCUCUGGUUUCCUCCCACAGUCCAAAGGUGUAGUGGUUAGAAAGUCAAUUUUUUUUUUUUCGUUCCUUUCCGUGCCUUGUUGCACAAUGGGUGGCAACCUUGCCGUUUCUUUAGCAUUCGUCUGUUUUUUACGAGGCUGAGUUUCUAGUUUGACGCUCAACCCAGCACGGAUGGAAAGCGUGCGAGGUGCUUGCCGGUUUCGAACCCGGGACCACUCGCCUUGAAGUCCAGUGUGGAUGCCACUACACCGCCAGCUGGGUUAACAGUAGGUUAAUUGGUCAUUGUAAAUUGGAUUAGGGUUGAAUGGGUGGACUGCCGGGUGGUGCUGUUGGUUGGGUCUGUUCCGGGUUUAUAGACAAUGGCGGUUGUAGAAUCUGCGGCAGGAAUUCACUCCAUAAAUGAAAGAAUGUGGAAUCUUCCCAACAAUCUGAAGAAAAUAACACUGCAUAGGCAGGAGACGAUAAGGGAAGUCAAGGAUACUCUCUCAGUACAUUUGAAAUGUAAACAUGACUGUAGUAACAAGGACAGUGGAGCGAGCGAGCUUGUCAAUGAUCGACAUUGAAAGUUACAUUUAGUUUUCAAAAUUUGUCAUUCACAAAAAAAAUCAAAAUUUUCUGCUUUAAUAAUAAAGAAGAUACACGGAAGCUCAACAAGUUCACAAAUGUUCUGAACUGUGAGUUUUGUUUGUUGCUGAAGAUGGACUGAAGCCAGUGUUGCUAACGUCCUGUGAAGGUGCUGUGAGCAAUCUUGUUGAAUCAGUGAAGACGUUGUGGUGAGUGUGGUCCCACUGAGCUGGUAGGAAGGAAGUUCCAGAAUGAUGAUCCUGCAAAGGUGAAGGGCCAAUGAAACACUAAUAAACACAAGAGGUUCUGCAGAUGCUGGGAGUCCAGAGCAAUGCACACAAAAUGCUGGGAAAACUCUGAAGAGGAAUAAACAGUUGAUGUUUCAGGCUGAGACCCUUCAUCAUUGUGUUGUCAGUGGAAUAAUCCCAAGACAGGAGUUUAUAUAAUUUGGCAAAGAAAUUGGAGUUAAGCAUUUGGAAGAGUGCUUACGCAUUUCCCAGUGGACACGUGCUUACAGAACAACGCUGCUCAUAAUUUGAAUACUAAUAAGUAACCAACUCAUUUCUAAGAUCAGACAGUUAUUCAGAGAAAAGAAUUAUUCAUAUUCUUACAACUCUAGGUUGUUAUUUUGUAUUUGACAACUUCAUUUAACAUCCGACGAUGAUUUUAUCUGCAUACUCGUAACCAGUGUUGAUUUUGAAGUUAGAAUUAGGGUAUCCUUUGUCAAACAAACAAGGCAAUUAACCAAUAACAAUAUAUCAACCUGUAAUUCCCACUAAGUAGUUUCCACUGUUGCUAUGGUAUUCUAUGUGUUGCACCUGAUGCCUGCUGACUUAUGUUUCAUCCAUAAAGUGAAACAGCACAAUCUUUCUUUCAUCAUUUUUUUUUGUUCCUUUCUGCGUCUUGUGGUGCAUCGGACAGCACCCUUCCCAUUUCUUUAGCACUUUUGUCUAUUGAGGCUGAGCUGGUAACUCAUCACUCAGCCAAGCAUAGAUGGAAAGUGUGCAAGGAUUCAAAUCUGGACCACUCACCUCCAAGUCCAGUGCGGAAGCCACUACCCCACCAGCUGGCUAUCAUAUAUUUUGUUAACAGUAUAUUUGAAUAUAUUUGCUGAUUGGCAGAACAACUAUAUUUCAAAAGUUCUCUUCAGUUGUUCUUUGAAUAAUAUGAGAGAGAAACAAAAUUUUGUUUGGAUUAAUAAACAUUGAGUAAUAUUUUGUGGGCUCUUUGUUCUCACCCAGGUAUAUAAUUGCUUCUUGUAUUUCAGCUGAAAUUUCUUAUCUUUCCUCAAACAUGAGUUAUUAUUAAUAGGUGACCAACAAAAUUCAGCAAUAACAAUUACUAAUCCAACAGAGUCUUUGUUAACUCUCUGUAACAGCAGGAAGGUGCUCAUGCAAUUUACAGCUACAUAUCAUAACCCUCUUACAGGGAUCGCAAAUGUGCCUUCUUAGAGUACAAUGAUGCUUCAAAUCUUCAGAAACAGCACAAGCAUUUAGAUGAAGUUGCAAAACUCAUCCUGCUUUGUGUCAUUGUUAAAUCUGCAUUUAAGAGCACUUCAAUGAACAAUUGAAUUGGCUGCUCUACUUUUUAAAAAUAUGUGUACCAUUGUGGCACAAAUGCCUCACCAUAUCUAUUGACAGUGGAGGCAAAUGUUCGUAAGGCUUCCCCUACAAAGCAAAGCCUGCUGUCUGUCACAUUAAAUGGGAAACCUCGGGAUUGGUUUGCUUUUUUUUUGAAGCACUUGAUCAAGGGUUCCCAACCUGGGACCCAUGGACUCCUCGGUUAAGGGUGGGGGUCCAGGGUAUAAGAAAGGUUGGCAAUCCCUGUUUAGAUCAAUGCACUGUUUCCCCUUCCAGAUGAAAGGCUUCAAUUCAAAAUGUCUGCUAUCCAUUUCCUGGUGCCUAACCUGCUAAGUUUCUCCAGCAGUUUGCUUUAUUUUGGUCCAGAUUCCAGAUCUGCAGUCCUCUGUGUCUCUACUAUUUACAUGCCUUGCAACAUUACACUAAUAUACGCUGUCCCAUAUGAAGCUCCUAUGGCUAUUCCUUUAUUGACCUAUUUGCAGAUGGCUAUGAGCACGUAUCUACCCUUAACUUUGGUUCCUUGAUAUCGCCGUGAUUGUCAGUGACAGCACCAAAAGGAAGAACUUUCCUGCAAAAUUGCUCCGCUAAGUGUCACAUGUCUAAUUGGAGUGCAAGUAAUUAAAAAGAAACUGCACAAUAUUUUUACUUCAACAAGAAAUGUUGAUAAAACUUUAUUUAAAUGAAAACUGAUACUUUACACCACAAUUGUAGAAAUAUGCAAGAAAUUUAUAAAUACAAACAACGUGGCAAGAUUGUGUGGCCAUUUUUAAAUUGUUUUGAUAAAGUAUAACACAAGGAAUUUAGUCAAUUACUCUCCACCUUUUUAAGGAGUUUGCUAUUUUAUAUCAGUCUCAGGAAGAGACCUCUUAUUUCCACGAGGAUUUCUGUGAGAUGUGAGACCAGCCUGAAGGGCAAACUACAACUUACUGAUUUAAGCCAAGGUGUUGGCAACACAGCUAAUACUGAAAUAGUUUGGCUCUAAAGGUUCGAGGUUUGGCCCCCAAAUCGGUUAAAGAAUCAAUUGCCACGGAUGUGCAUGACACUUCUUUGGAAUAUUCCCAUAAAAUGUUUCACUUGACUAAAACAGAAUAUAGGGAAAAAUUAAAAGUAACAGAUGGUUUAAAUGAUGGGAUUGACUUAACUUCCAAAAAGAAUUGAAGGUAUUUAUUACUACAAGUUAUAAAAGCCAUUUAUUUUAACAAUCAAAUAAAAAAAAACAUACUGAAGCAUUUUUUGACAAUCCAGAGUCCACAGUUCUACAUUUGAGGUCUGGAGGGAAAAAGAAUAUUUUGGGUUAAAACAUCUUUCAGGCUUUCUUUUUUCAUAGCUAUGUAUGUUCAAUAAUGUUCUAAGAUUAAAAUCAUUUAACUCUG